CUUUGGUUGCUGCUUUCUGGCAAUGUCGACAAAUUUCGAUCCCCAAUCAUCAUCACAUUCAAAUCAAACAGAUUCAUCUUACACCGCACCGCCGGUAACUGUAACCCUCACUAUUAUCCUCCUUGUUUUCUUCUUUGGUGGCAUCUUCUCCAUCUACCUCUGUCGUUGCUUUAUGGCAUACCUACUCAAUACAUCGAAUAUUCGAAAUUCCGGCCGUAUCCCAGCCAGCAAUGCUGUCCAACCAAAUGCUGGUGGUGGUGGUGGUGGUGGUGGCGGAGCCGCCUCGAAUGGCCUAGACCCUUCAAUCAUUGCUACAUUCCCUACACUUGUGUAUUCCAUGGUGAAAGAUCUCCGACAAGAUAAAUGUGGUCUAGAAUGUGCUGUUUGCUUGGCUGAAUUCGAAGACGACGAUGAGCUUCGCCUUUUAACAGUUUGUAAUCAUGUGUUUCAUCCAGACUGUAUAGACUUAUGGUUUGGAAACCAUAACACAUGCCCACUUUGUAGGAGAAGCCUCUUACCAUCUGAGAAAUCACAACAAGAUCAGAAUAAUAAUAUUGUCACAGAAUCUCAACCGACGGCAGAGAAUGAUCAACAGGAGAAUGGGACAACAAGAGAAGAUAAUAAUAGUGUGUCUACAAAAGAUGAAGAAGAGGAAGAACGUGAAGAGGUGGUGUUGGUGGUGGUGGAUAAAGGAGAUAGCCAUGAUAAGGGUGCAACAACAAGUGCUGCUGGUGCAUUAAUUGUUACACAAAAGGAUGGAAAUGGAAAACAAAAACCUGUGAAUGAUAUGAAAAUUAACAGAUUUAGGUGGCAUUCUACGGGGCACUCCAUCAUAAAUGUGGAACGAGAUCCGAAUGAUGAACGGUAUACAUUGAGAUUGCCGGAUCAUGUCAAGGAGCAAAUUGUAAGAGGUCAUAAAUUGGCAGGAAGUUGUACUACAUUUGGAGAAUUAUCCAACAAUGCCGGCAACGGUUCCCGGUCGGUCGGUUAUGCCGAACUGUCGUCAGGGUUUUCCGGCGGUGGCGAUGUAACUAGAGUGUAA